CAAGUUCUCUAAUUGUGCGAUUGUGCUAUAGUUUAAUAAACAUUUUCGCUUCAACAAAAAAAUAAAAAAUAAAUAAAUAAAAAAAUUAAAUCAAUUACUGCAACUCCACUUCAACGGCUUAAUCAAGUCAAAUAGAAUUUGAAAUGCUAGCGCAUCAACGGCUUUUCUUUGGCCUUUCGGUCACGUUAUGCUGUGGACUCACUCUCGCACAAUAUUCGUCCAACAUGUUUCUUAAUGGCGAAUACCAUAACGGCAUUAAAGCUAAUCCAAGUAAAUCGAACGCGAUUAAUCCUGUAUCAAAUAUUUUCUUGGAGCAUGCAAUUAUAAGUCGGCAAGCAUCGCCCUUCCAAGGCCCCACUUAUUUACCACCUGAAGAGGUUUUGAAGUGUUCCGCAGGCAAACAGUGCGUUUUGAAGAGCCAGUGCUCCGAUGGCUAUUUCGCAAACCCAGCGCAAAAGGCUCAAAACUGUAAAUCAUCAACACACACGUGCUGUAUAUAUCGUCCACCUGCACCACCAACUACAACUCAACGCCCCUUCGACGUUUGCUCAAAGGAUCACGACUGUGUUCCAUCUCGCUUCUGCAAUAAUGGAGAAAUUGAUUCAGCCGAAUAUGUACAAAAAACCAAGAGCAAUCGUUGUUAUUCUCCUGAUAUUUGCUGCCGAAUACCCUCCACCACACUGACUGAUGAUGGGUAUGUUCUUCGAACUCCGGAGGUGAAGUUCACCAUUCCGACAACUGGUAGGCCCUAUCAACCCCCAUCUACACCACAAAGACCUGAUUUACCACGUCCACCGCCAACUCAAUUUCAACAACCAUCAACUCCACCUCGUCAACCACCGUCUCCACCUCGCCAACCACCAACUCAAUUUCAACAACCAUCAACUCCACCUCGUCAACCACCAUCUCCGCCUCGCCAACCACCAACACAAUAUAAUCAACCAUCAACUCCACCUCGUCAACCGUCAACUCAAGCUCGUCAACCACCAACAACACCACAGCGGGAAUAUUUACCCCCAAGUACACUUCCUACUACAUCGCAACCCAUAACCCCGCGCAACGAAUAUAUACCUCCUGUACGUACUACACCAUCCCGUCAAGUAUUCACACAGACCUCGUACCAACCAGCCGCACCACCAAGUGUAACCACUCCACGAUCACAGGCCAUUCCUACACCACAGAAUGCAUAUCUGCCACCAAGUCCUGCACUCCCGCCAUCCGACUACCAUAUUAGACAACCCUCAAAUACAGUUACCCAAACUGUAACAGCGUUGCCUCCAAGAAUACCGAAGCCUACGCCCCCACAGCGCGGUGAAGACAUCUUGUCACUUCCACUUGAUAAUCGAAGACAUUUAUCCAAAUGUGCCUCUGCUUUGGAGUGCACACCGGAAAAUCUUUGCAAUAGCAUCGGUGUAAUAAUAGAUCAACCCAUAGAUGUGACAUCGGCCGAAUCGGUUUUCCGUGUUCCCCUUACAGACUGCACACUCGAGAAUGGUUUGCCGGGCAAAUGUUGCCGCGACGCCAAUUACGUUGAUCCAUGGCCAAUUAACUUGGCUGGUGUAUGUGCAACCAGAAACAAGAAUACCAAACCGCAGGGUAUCCAAGAUGUUGACGCAAACUUUGGGGAAAUACCAUGGCAAGCAAUGAUUCUGAAAGAUUCGUCGAAGACCUUACUCGGCGGUGGAGCUAUUAUUGGUGACCAAAUUGUCUUGACAGCAGCCUCAGUUGUUAAGGGCGUAUCACCCAAUGACUUGAAAGUUAAAGGUGGGGAAUGGGAGCUAGGACGAGAUAGUGAACCGCUACCUUUCCAAAUCGUCGGGGUUAAGUCUAUUGAUAUACACCCCGAAUACAAUCCAUCAACGGGCUCUAACGACAUGGCGGUUUUAGCGUUGGAUAAAAGAAUAGAGUUUGCGCAACACAUUAAGCCUAUUUGUGUAACCAACGAGGAUCCGAAACCGGGCGAGAAGUGCAUCACUACCGGUUGGGGUAAACAAGCAAUCAAAAGUCACGAGGAAGGCGCCAUCAUGCACGUUUCAAACACAAUUCCCCAAGCGCGAGAGAGUUGCGGAGCAGAUGAAACCAGUGUCUGCAGUUCCGUGGUCAACGAUCCAUGCUUAUUCGACGUCGGCAGCGCUUUGGCUUGUGGCACAGGCUCUAGCGUUAUGCUUAAAGGCAUCUAUGCUGCAGAGAAUGCCUGUGGCGAAGGUCAAACUGUACGAUUUUCGAAGCCCGAUCUGAAAUGGGUCAACGGAUUCUUUACACUACAGAAUAAGGACAAACUGCUCAAAAAGAGGCGUGUGUAAGGGGGUUUAUGUGAAAAGACUUAGAAAUGAGUGACAUUAGUUUAGCAAAUAUCAACAUUAUUUACCAAUACCCAGCAUCUAGAAGAGCAACUCUCGCAUUCCCACCACCAACACCAACACCAACACGAAUGCCAAGAGCAUUUCAUCAUCGUUUGCCUUAAGCGUUGUUUUAAAAAAAAAUAUCUCAAUAAUUUUAACUCGUUGUAAAGGACGAAUGGGUAAAAUGUGCAAAAUUCGUACUUAUUAAUGUUGAGUGUAAAUUCUUAUUUUUGUUUUUCUUUUUCGUUGAUUGAAAUAUUUUUCUUAAUUUGUAUAAAUUAAAUAUAAUAUGUAUAAUUACUAUUGUUUUAAUAUGAAGAGACGAAGUCAUAGAAAUCACCUAUGAAAUAAGGAAAAUAACGAAAAUAAUUUUUUUAAUGCAGUAAAUAUAUAAUAUAAUGUAUGUACAUGCCUAUUAUGUGCCUGAUUCCACAACUAAACCUUCUUUCAUCAUCGAAUUAACGUCUUUGUCAUUUUAUACACAUUAAAAUGAUCAAUUUCUCUAAUUACAAAUAAAAAUGACUCCUAUAAAAAUAAAAAUAUUUAUAACUAAUAUUGUAUGUACUG